AUGUCGGACGUCAGGAUCAAGCAGGAGCGCACCAAUGGCUCCAAACCGAACGGCGAUGGCGACGCUGCAGCGCACAAGGUCUCGGAGGCGUUCCAAGCGGCAGUUGGGGAGGACGAAAUGGACAGGAGCAACGCGCUGCUGAUGCACGCAUGCAAUUGCGAUGACGCGCACUGCCGCGACCCACAGUUCCGAAGUUUGUGCUCGCACAUGAAGCGGUUCCUACGUACGGCCUGCUGGGCCUCUCAUAGCGAGAAGUGGCGCUCGUACCCCAUCGGCAAUGCUGUCAUUGAGCUCUUCGCGUAUCAUGCGCUCCACUGCCAGGCGCUGCAGUGCAACGUACCGAUGUGUCGACAGCUACGCGGCCAAGUGUUGCUGUGAUAGUUUUCUCUCUCAUCUCUGCAGGUUUGUCGCUGCGUAAAAUAACACUUGGACCUACUGUCUGCAAUCCUUGUCCGCUACUGCUAAGCUAUUAAAUACGCAUCGAAUGAAUGUUGCGUGUUUGACGCGGCAUUGACGCCUGCUGUCAAUCUCAUCGCCGUUACGGUACCCCCAAAUAGGUAAUGUAUGAAUCGAUGCCUGCCUUCAGAAGC